GCCACCGUUGGCCCUCCCUGUAUUAACCCCCGUCGUGUCUCUGUCAGGAAGGCCCGGGAGCAGGAUAAGAAGGUGGUGGUGGCUGGAUGUGUUCCCCAGGCCCAGCCCAGGAUGGACUACCUUAAAGGACUCAGCAUCAUCGGGGUUCAGCAGAUUGACCGUGUGGUGGAGGUGGUGGACGAGGCUGUUAAAGGUCACUCGGUGCGUCUGCUGGGUCAGAAGAAGGACAAUGGGAAGCGUCUCGGUGGAGCCAGACUGGAUCUGCCCAAGAUUAGAAAGAACCCUCUGAUAGAGAUCAUUUCAAUCAAUACAGGGUCCUGUCAGUGUUGUGGCAUGGAGACACAUCCUUCACGUCUCUUAGGAAUACUAGGGACCAGGGGAGGUCUGGGGACCAGGGGAGACCCCUGAAGUAGAGGUCUGGGG